AAGAAGUUGCGUAUAGCAAAAAUCACUCAGCUAUUUCUCACAAUUUAUUUGCCAGGACUUGUUCAUCGCAGGAGUUGACACGAGCACGAGCUCGUUGGAGUGGGCGAUGGCAGAGCUGCUGCACAAUCCGGAGAAGAUCGAACGUGCCCAUGAAGAGCUCGACCAAGUAGCCCAUGGCAAUGAGGGAACCCUGCAAGAGCCCGACAUCGCAAGGCUCCCGUACUUGCAAGCCAUAGUCAAGGAGACUCUGAGGCUGCACCCGCCGGUCCCAUUCCUCAUCCCGCAUAAGGCUGAGAGCGACGUGCAGAUAUGCAGGUUCCAAAUACCCCGGCACGCCCAAGUUCUAGUCAACGUGUGGACCAUGGGGCGGGACCCUAGUAUAUGGCCCGAUCCGGGCAGCUUUGUGCCGGAGCGGUUCGUGGGGCGCGAGAUUGAUUUCAAGGGCCGGGAUUUCGAGCUCAUCCCAUUCGGGAGUGGGCGGAGGAUAUGCCCCGGGAUGCCCUUGGCCUAUAGGAUGGUGCACUCGAUUUUGGCCUUUCUGUUGCGCUCAUUUGAUUGGAAGCUUGAGCAGGGUGUACGGGCCAGAAGAGAUGGACAUGACUGA